ACCUUAAAGAUUUAGCAUUGUACGCUUCAAGAGAUUAGUUCUGUCGCUUGGUCAUCGUUUACAGAUUCGUGCACGUUCCUUGGAAAGAAUGACGGUCGAAUUGAAGAAAUUUCUCUAUGGACUGUUAACUGAUGUGGAAGGUUUGCAUAGCAUAUUAAUUACUGACAGGGAUGGAGUACCUGUUAUAUCAGUAGCUAAUGAAAAGGCACCAGAAUUAGCUACAAGAGCCAGUUUUUUAUCUACUUUUGGAAUGGCUACAGAUCAAGGAAGUAAAUUGGGGCUUGGCAAAAAUAAAACUAUUAUAUGCAUGUAUAGUAAUUAUCAGGUAAUCCAGAUAAAUAAGUUGCCAUUGGUUGUUAGUUUUAUUGCUAGUCACAGUUGCAACACCGGUCAUGUAUUGUCAUUGGAAAAUAAGAUUGAUCCUAUCUUAAGUAGUUUAAAAAAUGCAGUAGUGGAAGCCUGAUGGUUACCUGUUGUUCAUUAUGGGU